AUGUUUGACCCAUCAGAUCGUCUACCCUACAUACCACCACCAGACUACAGUCCGCUGAUAAGGCCGGUCAAUUCGCGGAAUAUUUACGUCAAAAACAAAAAACCGGAGCGAAAAGUUUCCAUCGAUGUGGAUGCCUAUGAUGAGUUCGAGCCUACGACAAUACCACAGCCCCGGGAUGAUCAUGGACGGCCACAUAACUACGUUCCCGUAAGAGUUUGGGGGAAUGUUGGGAAUUCAAGGGAUAUAGUCGCUAGACAAAGGGAUUAAAUGAACUAUAGAUCUGCAGUGAGGGAGCUGAUCCAGUGGCAAAACACGUACCCUUUUGCAUCCGGGAAGUAUCAAAAAUGUGGCAAAAUGCUUCCUUCUCCACGUGAAAAAACUUCGUUUUCAAGGGCGCGCCCUUUCAAUCACAAGAAGAGCGGGCGCGCUUUUGAAAUAGGAGCUUUUUCACUUGGAGAGGGAAGCAUUUUGCCACAUUUUUGAUACUUCCCGGAUGCAAAAUGGUACGUUUUUUUUCCACUGGAUCAGGUACCCCACUGUAGAAGGGAGUUGUCCGAUUAACCAUAACGUUGAAUUCAUAGCUAAAAGGUCAAAAUGGCCAGACGAAACGCUAAAUUCGUCUUUCUCGAGCGAUUUCGGAGUUUUGUCUGCCAAUCCAACCCCUUGGCUAGCAUUUUGGAUGAAAUUUUUACUAUUUCAACUUUUUUGUUAGCUGUUGAUGAGAUUCUUGCUGUACAAACGCUCUUUUUCUAGCGAUUUGACAACUUAAGUUAGCCAAUAGCUUCAAUGUUACGGUUUACGAUGACAGUUCUCUCGCAUUUAUACCGUCACAUUACAAGUUUAAAAUAUGAAUUUCCAUAUGUUUGUCGUUUCUUUGCCCCUCCCACCGCAAAACUAAUUUUUUUCCAGGAUAUUCGUCCUGGUCGCCGCUACAAGGUUGUGACUUCAACAGAAGAACCCCGACUUGCCCCUCGAGACACGAACCCUCAGGCCAUCCAACAACGAGUCAAUCGAAUGCUCAAAGAGCAAGGAGUUCCGGUUCUGCCGUUCGUGGGAGACCGAACAAUCAAGGAGCCAAUCGGACCUACGAAAGCCUACCUGAAGCACUUGAAAAACCAUCAGAACUUCGAUACCUUAAGGUCAUUUCGGAGUUGUGACAAUUGCGUGCUGUGCAAGCAAAUGCAAGAGGAAUUGGAGACAUUCGAUGCGAGAAAACGGUAAGUAUGAACUUUCUAUACCGGAUUUUACAACCUAACCUAAUAAAUUUGCGGAUUUCCUAAUGAUUUUCGCAAUUUCAGACCUCCGUCAUCGACGAGAUCGGGGGAAAAGAGCAUAAUCAACGGGAAAAUCUUCGAAAACCCCUAUUAUCAUGAGAUCGCGGAGCUGGAACCUCAAGAAUUUGCAGACAAUAUCAGCAGCAGACGGAGUUCACAGAACCGAGUCAAACUGUAAGCAUUGGCCAUUCUUAUCAAUAGACCUCAUUUUCGAAGCUACUAUUACCCAUAAAACCCAAUUUACGUUAUAAAAAUUUUUAGCAGCGUCGACGUGCCAAUCCAGCCAGCUCGGAGGCCGGCGUUUGAGCGGACCGCCAAAGUUCGACGGGAUAUUCGAGCCCACCUGCCUCAACAACUGAGUGCUUUCCAAGGAGAAUAUGUCAAGGUGAGUUGCCAAAAAAAAUUUGAGCAGCGGUCACCCUGACAUCUUGGAAAGUUAAUAUUGCUAAUAACAUGGAAAAUAAUGGAUCAAAAUUCGCAAAAAUUAUACUUUUUGGAUCCUUUUAUAUCCAAAAGAUAUAAUUUUUGUGAAUUUUGAUCCAUUAUUUUCAAAGUUAUUAGCAAAAUUAACUUUCCAAGUCUGAUCCACUUUGCACUGAUUUCAACACAACAUUCCACUAAAAUUAUUAUUUCUAAACGAUCAUUUUUAACUCAAGCAACUAAGUUUGUUUCUUAUUCUCACAAUUUUAGUUCCAGGUGAGUCAAGCCGAUCCCAACUGGAGUUUCUGCAUGAAUCGGCAAGGCCAAAAGGGCUGGAUCCCAACCCGAGAGCUCAAUUUUGCGACCAGCUCCACCGGUUCGUCGCCAAUGUCAACUUAA